ACCUCUCCACCAAGAACAAUUCCUAUUUAUUCUGUACCGUCAAAUGUUGUAUUCUAACUCAUAUAGCAAUACAAAACCUGUACCUACAAUUUGCUGUUCCCUUAUUAUUUACAUUAGUGCCUGUGACAGAAUGAUGAAAAAUUGGACAGUUUUGAACUUCACAUGCAAGAUAACGGAGACUGCCAACAAGCAUAGAUUCCUUUUAUGCUGUAAAUCUAGAGCCCCCAACCUCAACGGCUCAGGGAAAUUCAUGGAAUGAAUGUACUCUUGUGGGUUUUAUUUUCUGGUGUUCUUGAAAAUUCCGAGCUGAACUUUAAUCUCCACCCUCAAAGAUGAGCUAUCCAAAUUUUUCCGUGGGCUCUGGAAGUAGAACAGCUGGAAGGACAUUUGAGUUUGGGAGGACAUAUGUGGUGAGGCCUAGAGGGAAACAUCAGGCAACAAUAGUUUGGUUGCAUGGCCUUGGCGAUAAUGGCUCAAGCUGCUCGCAACUUUUGGAAAGUCUUCCCCUUCCAAAUGUAAAAUGGAUAUGUCCUACUGCUCCUAGUCGCCCAGUAGCGAUGCUUGGUGGAAUUCCUUGCAAUGCAUGGUUUGAUGUAGGAGAGCUUUCUGAAAAUGGUUCUGAUGAUUCGGAAGGUAUAGAUGCUUCAGCAGCACAUGUUGCAAACUUAUUAUCUACAGAGCCUUCUGAUGUUAAGCUCGGUAUUGGAGGCUUCAGCAUGGGUGCUGCAAUUGCCCUCUAUUCUGCAACUUGCUUUGCUCAUGGAAAAUAUGGAAAUGGCAAUCCUUACCUUGUUACCUUAAGGGCUGUUGUUGGUCUAAGCGGGUGGCUUCCUGGUGCUAGCAAUGUGAGAAACAGGAUAGCAGGAUCGCAUGAGGCUGCAAGGCGUGCCGCAUCUCUUCCCAUUUUGCUCUGUCAUGGACUCUGUGAUGAAGUGGUCCCUCAUACACAAGGAGAGAAGUCCUUCAACGCCUUGAGCUUAGCUGGAUUUCAUGACCUUGUGUUUAAAUCAUAUGACGGGCUUGGUCAUUAUACCAUGCCUAACGAGAUGGACGAGGUCUGCAAUUGGUUGAAUACGAGGUUGGGGUUUUAGGAGUAGAAAUUUCAAGUUUUCCCUUACGGAUUGAAGUGGCUGAGGGUCAACAAGUGGAGGAGCUAAAACAAGGGAAAACAUACACACUUGUAGACAGACACAUGGUAGUUAGCUGUGGCUUGCAUUGGUGAAUUCAGUAGUAAAUAAUAUUCCAUCAAGUUUUGUUAUGUUUUGCAUGCAGUAAAAUAAAGGCUUUGUUGAAUUCUAUAGUAAAUAGGUUACCAUCUGGUUUUGUUAUGUUAUGCUGCAGUGAAAUAAAGAUUUUGAAUUGGUACUAUGUAAUUUGCUGAGUAUCUUUGUUUUAGUAAUAGUAUGUCACUAUGAUGUA